AUGGACAGGAACAAUGGCACCGUGGUGACUGAAUUCAUCCUUAUGGGUUUCAGAGAUCACCCAGAAUUGCAGAUCCCUCUCUUUCUGGUCUUUUUACUGAUCUACGUGACUACCAUGUUGGGGAACCUCGGGAUGAUUGUGUUAAUCCAAAUGGACUCCCACUUACAUCUGACCAUGUACUUUUUCCUCACCGGAUUGUCCUCUGUGGACAUAUGUUACUCCUCCUCUAUUGCCCCCAGAGCCCUGGUGAACUUCUUUGAAUGGGGGGAAACCAUUUCCGUAGCUGGCUGUGCUGGGCAGCUCUUCUUUUUUGCUGGCUUUGCCAGUACAGAAUCUUUCCUCCUGGCGGCCAUGGCUUAUGACCGUUACGUGGCCAUCUGCAACCCUCUGCUUUAUGAGACUAUCAUCUCCCGGAGAGCCUGUGUGGGCCUGGUGGCUGGUUCCUACUUGGCUGGAUUUGCAAAUGCGACCCUGCUCACCAGCUGCACUUUCCAGUUGACUUUCUGCGGCCCCAACGUGAUCCACCACUACUUCUGCAAUGUUCUCCCCCUUCUGCAGCUUUCUUGCUCUGAUACUCGUAUUAAUGAAAUCCUGCUCUCUACCGGGGCGGGCUUGAUCCAAAUAAGCACGGUGAUGACGCUCCUAUCCUCUUACCUGCACAUUCUGAUCGCCAUCCUGAAGAUCCGAUCUCCCGAGGGGAGACGCAAAGCCUUCUCCACCUGCAGUUCCCACCUAAUAGCUGUGGCGAUAUUUUAUGGCACCACAUUUUUCAUCUAUUUAAGGCCCAACUCAAGUUCGUCCCUGGAUGAAGACCGCGCUCUGUCGAUUUUUUACACCCUGGUGAUCCCCAUGCUGAACCCCCUUAUCUACAGCCUGAGGAAUCGGGAGGUGAAAGAUGCUCUCAAAAAUGCAAUGGAAAGAAGAAAUGGGUAUUUAAUCCCCAUUUUAUAG